AUGGCCAACGGUGAAUGGGUGCCGGGGAGCUACUACUUCUAUGCCCCGAACAAGGGCGCUCCCAUCUUCUUUGUGAUUGCCUUUUUAUCGACGGGCCUGUUCCACUUGUACCAGAACGUAAAGUACAAGUCUCUUAUCCGGACGAGCUUCUUCCCCUUCUGCUCCCUUCUCUUCGUUGCCGGCUUCGCCCUGAGGAUAUACGGAUCUCACCACUAUGACAACCUCGACGUCUUCAUCGCGAGUAUCUGCCUCACCUACGCGGCCCCUCCUCUGCUCGAGCUCCAAAACUACAACAUCCUCGGUCGCAUCCUCUACUACGUCCCCUACCACUCCCCGAUCCACCCCGGCCGCGUCCUCUCCACCUUCGCCAUCAUCUCCGCCAUAGUCGAGACCCUCAACGGCUGGGGCGCCUCCCUAACUGCCAACCAAUCCCUCGACGACGACUCCCUGGCCGCCGGCCACGGCCUCAUCAAGACCGCUCUGCUUCUCCAGCUCGUCGUGGCCGCCGCCUUCCUCGCACUGGCUUUCACCUUCCACCAUCGGUGCUAUAUCCAUAAGAUCCGGAAUCCGCGUGUUCAGCAGCCCCUUUACACUCUAUACGCUAGCACAGCCCUCAUCGUCGUGCGUACCAUUUACCGCGUCGUCGAGUACUUUGACCUCGCGUCGCUCAGGUUCAGUGAUCCGGACUUCGACCCUAAGAGCAUGACGCCGCUCGUGAGGUACGAGUGGUUCUUUUACGUGUUCGAGGCUGCGUUGAUGUUGAUCAAUCUCGUUAUGAUGAACGUGAGGCACCCGAGGAAGUGGCUUCCUGAGGAUAGCAAUACCUACUUGGCCGUCGAUGGCUCAACGGAGAAGUUAGGUCCCGGUUGGAAGGAUCCUAGGCCGUUUUGGCAGACGGUGGUUGAUCCGUUUGAUGUGACUGGGAUGGUGAGAGGGAAUAAGGUGGGUUUGCCGCCUUUUUGGUUGGAGGAUGGGAUCGGAGGGCCGCAGAAGGUGGAGAGUGUCUGA